AGUGAAAAUAAACAGCAAUUAUAUUUAUACAUUCCAAUCCGCCAGAUGCAUGGCUCAUGCAUUUAGAUGUGAAAAAAAUUGAAAUGCUAUGUUGAAAACCGUAAUUAGCCCCUGCAGUCAACAUCUAUGAACAUUAUUAAUACGCAUUUGCUUUGCUCACCCACAAAUUAAAUUCGUCUGCCAAUUACUCAUUUCAAUGACAAAUCCUAUCCUAUCCCAUCCCUUGCUUCAGUAUUCUCCUUUUUUUUUCCUUUCUCUUUUCAGUUUUUACUUUAUUCACAAUAAUUCGUCAAUAAAUUAAAUACCACUCUUAAACCUUAACAACUGCCCCUUCUUCCUUGUUCAAAGCUUCACAUAUCAGAGUUCCUUUCUCUUUUUCUCCUCUAGAAUGUCGAGAAGAACAAUCAAGCGAGUGAGUUUCAGUCCUGACGUCAGUGAAAGGCCUAAGCUGUUUGUGAAACAUGGAGGCAGCGCCACAACUAGAGGAGGUAACCGAAGAAGGGUGGUGGUUGGGAUUUUCACGUUUAGGCUUGUGGAAAGGUCAAGCUUUUCACCAGCAAGUUUUUUGAGACAUGUUGGGGCUAAAGUUGCAGGCGCUUUGCGUUUCGUAUCCAUUCGAGGGAACUCUUCGCGUAAAGUUUCUUCUUCCAACCUACCCAGGUCUCGAUCGUUGGCUGAAUCUAUCGACUCACAUCGUGCUGAAGCUAUUGAAGACUGCAUCGAGUUCUUGAAUUCUUCUUCCUCUUUGUCAAGGUCAAACUCGGUUACCACAUGUUCUUGCUAGAAAUUUGAGUAAAAAUUUAUAUGUAAAUGAAAGGGAAAAAGAAAAGGGAUUCCAUAUAAUUCAUUGAUCGCUUAGUUUCCAA